UACUGAUGUCUGCAGCCACACAGCGGGAAACAUGUACAUUUGUUUUACCCAAAUAUGAGAGGAGGCUGAAUGUUUUUGAAGACACUUGUCCAAAAAGUGAUCAAAAGGAUGGAUAUUUUGGAUGCAUAUUGGUGUUGAAGGAGGAUCUUACGUUGGGGUUUCAAAUCAGGCCAGCAAAGCUUCAUGUCUGAGUCAGACCUCAUGAAGAGUGAGGGAGCAGCCAUCAGGAGCCCUGAAUGCCGUUCAUCUCCAACUCCUCGAAUGGAGUUCCGUGGCUCAUUCAAGGUGGAGGAGCGCUCCCCAAAUGUCACAGAGAAGGUCACACAGGUUCUCUCUUUGGAGUCUGAUGUGCUGCCUGAAUACAAACUCCAGGUCCCAGAAACGACAUGGUGGAUCUUGCUUCAUUACAGCCCCUUUAAGGCUUUUUGGGACUGGAUUAUUCUCCUCCUGGUCCUCUACACAGCUGUUAUUACUCCUUAUUCAGCUGCUUUCCUGUUGGAUGAACAUGGGAAUUUACGUCAAAGGAGUUGUGGCUACACAUGUAACCCUCUGAAUGUGGCAGAUCUCUUGGUGGACGUACUGUUUAUUGUGGAUAUAAUCAUCAACCUUCGGACAACAUAUGUGAACCAAAACGAUGAGGUGGUCACACAGCCGAGCCAGAUAGCAAAGCAUUACAUCAAAGGCUGGUUUCCUAUUGAUCUGUUUGCAGCAAUCCCGUUUGAUCUUCUCAUUUUCAGAUCUAGCUCGGAUGAGAUGGCAACCUUAACAAGCCUCCUGAAAACAGCUCGGCUGCUGCGAUUGGUCCGUGUGGCGAGAAAGCUGGACCGAUAUUCUGAAUAUGGCGCUGCUGUCCUCUUCUUGCUUAUGUGUACCUUUGUACUCAUCGCCCAUUGGCUCGCAUGCAUAUGGUAUGCCAUUGGCUUUGUGGAGAGGCCAUACACAGAGACCGGUUGGCUGGACAACCUAGCUGAGCAACUUGGAAAGGCUUACAAUGAAAGUGACUCCAGUUCUGGUCCAUCAGUCAAAGACAAGUAUGUCACAGCUCUGUACUUCACCCUGAGCAGUUUGACGAGUGUGGGGUUUGGUAACGUGUCUCCAAACACAAACUCAGAGAAGAUAUUCUCCAUCUGUGUCAUGGUCAUUGGAUCUCUCAUGUAUGCCAGUAUAUUUGGCAAUGUAUCUGCCAUCAUCCAGCGGCUAUACACUGGUACAACCCGGUACCACACUCAGAUGCUGAGAGUCAAAGAGUUUAUCCGCUUCCAUCAGAUUCCAGGUAAUCUGCGCCAAAGACUAGAGGAGUACUUCCAGCAUGCGUGGACAUACACAAAUGGCAUCGACAUGAAUGCUGUGUUGAAGGGAUUUCCAGAGUCUCUGCAGGAAGACAUCUGUUUGCAUUUGCACCGCUCUCUGCUACAGAACUGCAAGGCUUUCCGAGGAGGCAGCCAAGCAUGUCUGCGCGCCUUAUCCAUGAGGUUCAAGACAGUUCACGCACCUCCAGGAGAUACUCUGAUUCACUAUGGAGACAUUCUCAACUCUCUUUGCUUCAUCUCACGUGGUUCUAUCCAGGUCUCCAGAGAUGAUGUAGUGGUAGCCAUAUUAGAGAAGAAUCACAUCUUUGGUGAGAAUAUCCAUCUGCAUAAUGAGCCAGGAAAGUCCAGUUCAGAUGUACACACCAUCACCUACUGUGACCUGCACCGCAUCCUGAGGGAUGACCUUCUUGAGGUCCUGGAUAUGUACCCGAGCUUUGCAGACAACUUCUGGAGGAACCUGGAAAUAACCUUUGACCUGAGAGAUGCUGAUCAAGAGCCACCAAUAAUAACAGCUGAUGAUUCCGGCGAUGACUGUGAAUAUCACCACAAACCAAGACGCAAAAUACACUCACUGGACUGCCGGAAUAGGCCAGAUGGAAUUGAUCAUGAAGACUCGUACCCUGUUCAGUCCUUUCAUCAGUCACAUCCUCAUCCCCGCUGGGAGGACUGUUGUAGCUGUGGAUCCCCAUGUUCACAGUCAAGCGAGGACUUCGAAAAACCUCUUGCCCAUGGUGCCAAAGCAGAGCUUUACCCUCCAGAAGUUAGUAGGCGGGAUUACUCUUCCUCUGUAGUCCAACUGCGUCCCCCAAGUGGCACCUCUGUGGGAAGAGAUGCAGUGUGUGAUCGGGGCCCCCAAGCCUCAUCUCUGAAUGUGUCAGAGAUGUAUCAAUACUGGUCAGACAGACAGCCACAGCAGUUUUCCAGUUGUGCCUGGCGAUCAUCUUCUGUCCACAACUCAUGCCACCCACCGCCAUUCACAGAAGAAAGGCCCAGUGAGCUCGAGGCACGCCUUGAAAUUUUGCAUUCACAGCUCAACAGACUUGAGACUCGCAUGACAACUGACAUCAGUGUUAUUCUGCAGCUUCUCCAGAGGCAGAUCGCCCCUGUACCUCCAGCUUACAGCACUGUAUCGUCCAGCACUCUCCAUACUGAUUCAUCUGGUCUGUAUGGGGCUGGGAAUCCAGUGCUCCAUAACAUGUAUCCCGUUUCUCCCAUACAGAUUGACAGCCGAGCACCAACACAGACCUCAGCUGAGACAGACCUUAAAUUCACCAGCAAAUCCCAGGAAUCACUGUCCAGUGGGAUCCAUGUGACUGCGGCAUCUGAUGACACCAUGUUCAUAGCCGUCACCCCCGAAACUGACACAGAUACAGGGUUAACCCCACAGCUGCCCAAGCCAUCAGUAAAAUCCUCCCUCAUGGACAGUUCCAGGCUGUGUGGUAACCUCCGCUACCCCUCACUGCCAGAGAGCCUGGACAUUCCCUCAGGACUGGUGGAGAUCCAGAAACACCUCUCGGAUCCUGUCCUCCCUGUCGUCUGACAGCCAGACCUGCUACUUAAAAACAUUCAGAAGCAGCUGUGCGACCAGUCCAUCUGUUUGUCGUCAAAGAAUUGUUUAUCAUUACACAUCUGGACAUUGCACACUGUUGAAGGCAGAAAGUGCUUGCAAAGAAGGGUUUUAUACACUGCCCAGCCAAAAAAAAAAAGUCACCACCUGAAUUUAAGUAAGCAAACAAGUAAGAAUUGGAGGUCUGUGUUCAGUAAUGUUAGCAAUGGUAUGUAUGUGCCCAAAAAAUUAGGUGAGCUGACUACUUGAAUAUACUGAAUGACAAGGUUUUUCCAUCAAUGGAUUUUUUUUCUUCCCUGGAGGCAGAAGAAUAUUCCAAGAUGACAAUGCCAGGAUCCAUCUGGCUCAAAUUGUCAAAGAGUGGCUCAGGAAGCAUUUUCACACAUGGAUUGACCACCACAGAGUCCAGACCUUAACCCCACUGGGAAUCUUUGGGAUGUGCUGGAGAAUAUUUUAGCGGUCCGACUCUCCCAUUAUCAAUACAAGAUCUUGGGAAAAAUGAAUGCAGCUCUGGUUGGAUAUAAAUGUAGCGACACUGCCUAAGUUUAUCAAAACCACGGCGAAUGCGUGUCAUCAUCAAAGUUAAAGGCAGUCCAAUGAAAUAUUAAAGUGUGUAACUUUUUCUUUGGCUGGGCAUUGUACUUCACAUUUGCCUCCAGAAAAAAACUUGAAAACAUUUUAACUCUUUUGAAUGAAAAACUGACAGAAAACGUGUUAUAUUUUAGGUAGAUAACUGCUAAUUAAUCAGCACAGGGAUCUAGAAAUGUCAGCUCCGUAAUCAUAGUGAGUGGCAUCCCUGUUCAUGUAAAGUUUGUUCCUGAUCCUGUUUAAAUCCUGAAAAUUUCCCUUGCUGACUGGAACUGAGCUUCUAUCCAGUAACUCUGGUCUGACAGCCCACUACUGAUAUUGUUAUAGUAAACAUAUAAUGAAAUACAAUUGGCAAGAUUUAAAUGCAAAGAGUGAUAUCUUUAAAGAAAAUACAGUGCUGUAAAGAGAAACCAACUGUCCCAGCUUAGAGCAAAUGGAGCAAAGCCUGAGAGCUGGAUCAAGCAGGUUACUCGGGUUGCGCUGCGUCUCACACACACACACAAAAUCGCCUCUCUUCUUAUGUCAUAUGUGGUAUAUAUGACGCACUCUCUCAGUUUGGUGGUCUAUAGAAUUUUCCAUCUCUCCCUCUGACGUGUCAGUGCUGCUGCCCCACAUCAAUGUGUUGUUUUUAACCCCUCCACCACCCCAGCAUCCACCUGUACUCUCCAAAUGGACGUUUAGUUUUCACUCCCUAAUUUCUAUGUGCAUUUCAUACAUGUGGAGCGAUGAGCUGGCCCAGACACGAGGGCAUUCCUGGAUCACGUUCACAUAAGGCUUCUUCUUUAUAUGAUAGAGCUUUAACCUGCAUUUUUGGAUGGCACAGUGAACUGUGUUCACAGCAAAUGAUUUCUGAGCCCAUGCACUAAUUUUAUGACAGAAUCAUAGGCAUCCAAUAUUGACUUUCACCUUUUCCUUUGUGCAUAGAUUUCUCUGAAUCUUUUGAUGAUGAUAUGUACUGCAGAUAAGAUAUUUAAAGUCUUUGCAUUUUUACAUUGAGGAACAUUAUUCUCUAACAAUGUUAUAAUACAGAGAUCUUGGAUGGUGUUCUUCAGGCAGGGUUUUCUCUGUAUGUUACAGUAACCUAUCAUUUCUAACUGGAUCUGUACAAGAGAUUUCUUAUCAAGGUUUUAAUGAGUCACUU